UCGAGCCUCCAAGUAUAGACGGUAGAUACCCACAUGUACACGAACGAUCCUCCACCAGAUCAUUGGGUGCUAUGCAUUUUUGAGGGACAACUCUCAAUUCUCUGAUGAUUGCCUAUUUGCUCAUCCUCUGCACUCAAAUGGACCCUCUGAAUUCAUCUCACAUGUGCAGUCCAUACUUUGACGGUCCGUGGGUCGGAUUUUUCGCAACCGCGUUUCAAUGCUUGAACGGCCGUUGGCAAUGCGUUCGACGGCCGUUGAGGAGCUGGAAUCCCCGAGCUCUUCAGGAGGCACGGACGAAGGCUGGUUUUUGCUCGUCAGUUGUGUGAUGGUGAUCCUCGUGUACGGACGUGAGCCAGCCAAUAUAGCAGGACUUACUGAAGAGCGGCCAAAAAAUGUGUGAGCCUGAAAUACGAGAAAACUGAAAGGAAAAGGAUACAACCGGGGAAGAGGAAGAUCAGCCAAGCAGAUAUAAUUUGGGGAAAAGCAUCUUCCUGUGUCACGGACUGGAUAUUAACGACAAGAGAAGUUAACCAUCUCCUCCAGCGAAGAAGAAGAAGAAGACAUUUGCCGUUGGAAAAAGAUGCCAUGAACUGGCCCUUUCUUCAUAACCAAGAGAUUUGCCUCAUUCAUCUUCGUGGGGACGAAAUUUCCCAUUCUAAAUGUCCUGCAGCAGCACACGCAUCAUUGCAUCGUGCUUGAUACAAAGAACCCUCGAUGGAUGGAUGGAUGGAUGGAUGGAUAGACUAGAAAGUGGAUAGGCAAACGAACGAAACCCUUCCUUGGCCCGCUGCGAAAAUGAGUGAAACGCCAAUCAACUUUGAAGACGACCAUUGUCGACGGAGGAAACUCUUAGCCAUCAAAAGACGACUGUUAGAAAAAGAGAUGAUGGAAUACCUGGCGACCUCCUCCACAUCAUCCCAGUCUGACCUUGAUCAGAGUAACCAUGACUACGAGGAGGUAUGUUUCGAUCCCGCCAACGUGUUGGGCAGCUCGGGGUGCAAAAGUCCAGACAAAGACACAGAGAAGUGCAAAAGUGACAGCUUACGGGCGACGAUGCCAGCGGACACAGUGAUUAGUGCUUCCUCUCCUCUCCGUCCACAUGAUUUGAUCGGAGCCAUCAAGCAUCAGCAGGGUGGCCUUAAAAAGAGGAGCAACAGCGAUUCGGAUCUAUUUCUAGUGGACGAAAGUCGAGAAUUUGAAUUGUGCUGCUCAUCCGCCGCCUCCAUUGCCGAGAUCGUGGCCCAGGCUCGGACAACUUUGGCCAAAAGAGAUGCGAAUGGCCCUGAUGUUGGACAGGAACCCGAGCAGGGGUUCUACCGAGUUUAUGACGAUCUUGAUAGGAUUCGAGAAUGGAAUCUGAUUCCAUAUGUGAUUGCCCGGAAGCACCGGGAAGCUCUCCAACAGCAGGCCACUUCCAACCUCGAGACUGAUAACUGCAAGAUCGAUGGGGCAAACUUGGAAAAGGGUUUACCGGACCGGGGGGAGUCAGCCACAGUGAUUUGCUGUCCACCCGGUUUGAGAAGUGACAGCUCGAGGGUAUCCGUGGAUAGUGGGCGAGCGUCAGUGGUCUCAUCCAAUUUGUCAUCCUAUGUCACCGUCAGAUCCAAGCGACUUUACUCGGAUUCCGGAAGUAGUUGUUCGGCUGAUUCGGGAACCUAUCACCUCUUCGACAACAAUGGUAAUGCCACCACAUGUGUGCCAAGUAAUCAUUCUAAGAGCGAUCAGGAGAAAGGCGAGGGAGGAUCAGACGCUCAGGGAGAGCGAAGGACACAGCCAGGAACUUCCUUGGCUAAACGAGGUCAUGAACACCACGAAUCUGAAGAAUUCCUGCGGCAAGUUUCCCAACAACUUUCCUCCAUCUCCAGGGAUGCUCAGAAUAUGAGAUCGGAAUCUCGACAACCAGCCGCGUCCUCCCUCCAUCACACCACCACCACAACCACCACCUCAACCAACGGGAAUAAUGGGAUGAAAUUGUCAACUGCUCUUGCCAGUCUCCCGGGCUACUGCCCAAGUGGCACCAAACCAAAGAAGAAACAACCCAGGCCUGAGGCAUAUCCGCCCGUGCCUCCUCCACCUCCUCUGUAUACGCUCCCUCCCAAAAAUUCAAAUCUACUCACUAAUUCAUCUUCCCCUAUCACCCCAGUGUCACCUCCCCCAUUGCCCCCUCGAUUGAAAUGUACGAAAACGGGGGCAGCCUUCAGCAGUCGACAACAACACCCCCCUCUCCAUCAACGAAUCGGUGGGUCGUCUCAUGUCCCUGCUUCUUCUUUUUCUUCUACUACCACCUCUUCUUGUGCGCAACAAACUCUGUCAACAAGCUCGUCUUGUGCCCUACAACAGACAACCCGACGGAAGGAUCUGUCGAGUUAUUUCGGUUUGCUCCAAGAUGGAGAAACUAGAUUUUCAAAGGAAGUGGUGAGGAAAGUGGCUAUUCAGAGCCUCUCACAUGACUUUAAAGGCACUGCCAUGAUGACAACUUCUCCUGGUGGGCCGAGCACCUCCUCCUUCUCGUCACCAGGCAAGAAGGAUUUGAAUAAGUACUUGGGGAUACAACAAAGCCAUCCAUCUUCACCAUCAUCAUGCAAUUCAAGCUUUUCUUCGCCGUCUUCAAGCUCGUUGCUGAAGAGGUUGAAGCCGAGCAGUCCCCCAUCAUUGCAUUAUUUGCAAAAGGGUCAGAGAGGCGAACAACCCCCACCUCCUUUCAACUUGAAAACUACCAUCCGGCAUCCACAGCCAUCCUCACCACCUCCCCCUCCACCACCACCACCACCACUACCACAGGCACCUUUUCCAAUGCUCUCUGGACUAUCCUCACUGGAGAGCACCUUCCGCCCGGGAAGUGCAUACAAGUCAUUACCGCCGUUCAAGAUGCUGGGUGGAGAACCCCACAAGCCCGUAGUGUCAUGUCGGCGUGUCCUUGAUUUCUCUGAAGAACUUUGUGCAACCGAUCAAACUCCAUCAUCCGAACAGACACCCAGUCUGUUGGGUAAGUGUGCAUCCCAUAAUGUGACCCCAGACAUCUCUCCGCCCAAAUUGAAGCCCAACUCCAACAAUCUUCGCUCCUCGGCCAUGGCUCGUCUGUUCUUUCGGAAUCCUCUGAGACUGGGUGCUGUAAAUAGACGAAGAUCAAUCCAAGAGGGUGAAUUGGGGAAGAAAGACGAAGUGCUCGGUCAUGCGUUCACCGCUAAUACUCCCAAAAUCCGAAAGAAUGCCUCCAUUCGCCGAAGAAGAUCAUUUAAAUCGGCAAGUGCAAGUAAAGCGGCGCCAAGGAAAUCAUUCAUGGCAUCGUUGUUAGCAUCAGCUUCAACCGCUGGCUCGGAAACUGUAUCUAAACCGACACCAAGACGAAGACGAGCUCCAGUGGUGCCCACAAUGGAUCUGACAACUUUGGAGGUUUCUAACUCAACCCGAAAGGGUUUCAAAGUGGAACAUCACUUUCUCGGGGGUGGCAGAAGACGAGCCAAGGCAAAUGAGCAAAUUGAAAUUGAUGACGGUCGCGCCCUUAAUGAAAUAGAGCCCGACUCCGAAGAAGAUGACGAUGAGGAAACUUUCGCAUCUCUUUUGCGCAAGCACCAACUCAACCCUCAGUCGAUUUUCAACACCUCCACCACUAACCCCAAGAGGACGGCAAAGUUAGGCAACCAGAACGAUGUUGGACUCCCUGUGAUACCCUUUAUUCAGCCUCCCAACGAGAGGGAACACACCAGCAACAAGGACAACGUUCCAGAAUAUCGUCCCCCUUUGCCAGUAAAACUGAGGAACACCAGCCAGGACAAUGACACUUUCAAAAAGGGCUCUGAAAGUUGUUGCGAAAACUCCAACCACAUCGCUUACCAAGCCCCACCACCUCCCAAACAGUCUCAAACAAUAAAUGGUGCCACUCAAAUUGAGAACCAUCGUUUUGCCAUAAAUGACAGAAGCGCUGUCCCCAAAAGUCGCAUGAGUAUGCUGCGCGAAGGCGGUGUCUUCAACAACGAGGACAAGGAGAACAAUGGACCGUUGAUGCAGCCCCCCCACCUUAGCGAAUCUGUGUUCAAGUGUCCAAGCAAUUCGCCAAACCAGCACUCUCCAAGUGUUUUAUGCUCCCAAUCACGGCCUCAGCGACAACCCAGCUCCUUGUAUCUGACCAUGUCUGGCUGCCACAAGAACCUAGGUCCCAAUCCCCAAUCUAGUCGAACUUUUGAGGCUUUAGCCACCCCAGUCAGACAUUUGAGCCACGGCUCCAAGGACCCAAGUAAAGGCUGGUGGACCCUGCCUCAUCCCAAAUCCUCGGGUGGAAUGCACUUCACCGUAGACAUCGACAUUGACGGACAGAGCCCCUGCCUAAAUGAUAAUUCCUCAGGGCUCAAAAAAGCUGUGCAACAUUGCCAAAGCUGCACAUGCGGAACGGCGGGAAAUUCAAACUCCGUUGACGAUCCGUCCAAAUUGCAUCGACCGGAUGAGCCUGCUGUUGGGAGUUGUGAAUUGGAUUAUGUGCCCAUGGAGCAACAGAACCCUGCCCUAACCCGAAAUGGACCCCUCACUCCCAUGACUCGGAGGCGGAGUUGCAGUUUAGUGGCCUUUUCUUCGCCAACAACCGAGAACCAACCCGAGAAGAACAUUCACAUGCAACUAUUCUAAGCGUUGUAGAUGAAAAAGACGCACAAUAAAGCAUUGCUCCAUAUUACGUUACCUCGAUAAC